UCGACUUGCUCCCAGCUGUUCAAACAAACCAGCCAGGCAAUGACGGCUUGCGCGCAGAGCAGCGGGAGCCCCUCGCUCACAGACUGCUCAGCCAGCGGAACGGCGAAUUGCUCCCCAAUGAAUGAGGAUCAAAACAAGAUGGAUGAGGACGAUGUCGUCGUGUGGGAAUGGUUCUCCGACCACGGGCGAUGGCGGGCUUAUGAUCCUUCCGUGGUGGUCGAAUUAGAAGCAGCACACGGCAGACAGGCAACACUAGCACUAGGGAACGUUGACCCGGCGUUGUCGUCGUAUGAAAUAGAUUUUACAGCCAUGCAACAGUACCGGACGACUUCGGGUAACGCUAGACCUAUCAGGAGGAGACAGCUACCAGGCAGUUCCCCUGCAGGACAAGGUGUGGAAUGGCAAUGGGAGGACAACAGCGGCUGGAUCCAAUACGAUUUGGACACCAGUACUAUCGUAGAGGAUGCCUACAAGCAGAACCUACCCUCUAUAGACCUAUCCAAGACCAAGUGUCAUUUACCCUACAUCAUAGACUACACGCAGAUGAUGCAGGUACGUAGGACUUCUGGGUUUAAGCGGAAGCUACGGAGAGUCGUGCUUGUCGAGACGUACCCAAAGGUGACUAAUGUUCCGUCAUUAAGCGAGGUGUCUAGCGCCAGCGGAAGUCCGGAAUUGAGCGCCGUUUUAGAGGUGGAUCCCGGAGCCGAUGCUAGUAUAAAGGAAAACGAUAACGCGAAUGUGACGUUGGAAUCGUGUCAAAUUGAAAUGACGGGCGACGUAGCCGGGGAGCUGCUGUCAGAGGCCGUGGAACUGUCCCGGCCGACGUCGCUCUCGAUAUCGGAACCUAUCAAAGAAACGGACGAUGAAAUUUCGCCGAGCCCUGCCACCACAACAACUACACCAAAUGUGCCUCAGGUAGUGGAGCCCCCGUCUACGGGAACAGCAACGCAAAGAGCAGGGAAGAGGUCUCACGGGAAGAGAUCAUCGUCUCGUAAGGCUGUCGCAGCGACGCGGGAUGUGCAAGCCACUGUGGCAUGGACAAGCCCUGGAGAUCCGGAUGUUGCCAGUACGAGUUCUGCGGGAUCCUCUACGGGGAGUACUGGAAGGAGCAGUUUACCAAGGUCGGUGAGUGUGCCGGCAUCCAUGGCUGCUGGUCAGUCAAGUGAGGGCAGCAAACAUCAUGCCACAGCGAGUCCUGUCCAAAGCUCUUCUGGUCUCGGGAUGCCACCUCUCACCCAGAGUGCGACCAUGUCACACCUAGCUGCCGCUGCUGCUGCUACAACCUCAAGAAUGAGAAAGUCUCACUCGACACCAUGUACCAUCCAGACCAGGACAGCCAACGCAGCAGGUGCAAGGCUCAGCCCUGUUAUGACAGCUAUGACGAGCAUUUUGCUCUCCACAGCCCUGCCUAUCAAGCUCGUACCCGUCAGGACGCCCAUCUAUUCCCCGCCCAACUCUGGGGGCAUCCGUCCGGUGGAGGGGGUCAAGCCGCGCAAGAAGAAGAGGAAGAUAUCGCUCAGGGGUCAAACUGCUGAGGAGGUCAUCAGCAAAUACGUAGAGAAAGAAGAAAGUCCGCCUGAUGAGGAAUGUCCUAUAUGUUUUGAGAAGCUGUGCAAUGUAUCCCACUAUAACGAGGAUGAGGAGGAGGGAGAUAGCGUUCUUAAGCUAGAGCGAUGCCGUCACUUCUUUCACCAGAGCUGUCUAUAUGCCAUGUACAACAGCGGACCAAAGGAUGGCAGUAUACAGUGUCCUACCUGUAAAGCCAUCUACGGUGUGAAAUGCGGCAAUCAGCCUCCCGGGUCGAUGGACUAUCACGUCAUACCACAUUCCCUGCCCGGUUUCCCAUCAUGCGGGACUAUACGUAUCAUCUAUAAUAUUCCUCCAGGAACACAGGGUCCAGAGCAUCCUAGUCCAGGCAGGAGAUAUUCAUCAAGGGGAUUCCCCAGAAUGUGUUAUCUACCUGACAAUGAAAUAAGCAGAAAGAUUCUCCGCCUCCUCAUCAUCGCCUGGGAGCGGCGGCUCAUCUUCACCAUCGGUACGUCGGUCACGACGGGAGAACCCAACACCGUGGUCUGGAACGAGAUCCAUCACAAGACAGAGUUUGGUUCCAACGUGACGGGCCACGGCUUCCCGGACCCCAACUACUUCACCAACAUCCUGGGAGAGCUGGCGUCGCAAGGGGUGACGGAAGACUGCCUGGAUGAUUACUGAGACGGGAGAUGGGAGCGGAGGGAGGUGGUUGAUUCAGUCAAGGAUGUUUGCAGAAAGUUGCCUUGGGGGUGUGGAAUGAUGGUUGUGUAUAGAGUGGUGAAGUGUGACAUCAUCAAAGACCUAUUUUUGGAAUUUCUCAAUUUGUUUUCUUCAUUUUCCAAAAGAUCAAGUAUUGGCUGAA